AUGGAAAAAGGCUUUCUCCAAGACGACUCAAAUAGCUGGGUCGCCCCUCUCCCAUUCCGGCAUCCUCGUCGUAAGCUACCUAAUAACAGAGAAUAUGCAGAGAAACGUUUUGCCUCUCUGGAACGCAAUCUUCAGAAGAAACCUGAAAUGAAAAGGCACUUUUUUGAGUUUAUGCAAAGAUUGUUUAAUAAUCAUCACGCUGAGCUUGCUCCGCCACUCGAAGAAGAAAAGGAAAGGUGGUACUUACCCAUUUUUGGAGUUUAUCAUCCGCAAAAACCCAGCCAAAUACGUGUCGUGUUUGAUUCAUCUGCACAGUUCGACGGCGUCUCACUGAAUGACGUUUUGCUGCAGGGUCCAGACCUAAAUAACAGUCUACUUGGAGUUCUGAUGAGAUUCAGAAUAGGCCCAAUAGGAGUUUUAGCAGACAUAGAGCAGAUGUUCCACUGCUUUGUGGUUCGAGAAGAGUGCAGAGACAUGCUCAGGUUUUUGUGGUACUGCGACAAUCAGCCAGGAAACGAAGUGGUUGAAUACCGCAUGAGAGUUCACAUAUUUGGGAACAGUUCAUCACCUGCAAUAGCCAUUUAUGGCCUAUGGAGGGCAGCAAAGGAAAUGGAGCAAGUCUAUGGCAGCAAAACAGCAGGGUUAGUGGAGAGACAUUUUUACAUGGACAACGCACUGCUGUCUUUCACAUCAGAAGCUGAGGCCACAAAGACAGUAGAGCAGCUUCAAGAAAUGCUGUCCAUUUCGAACCUGCGACUACACAAGGUAGCGUCAAACAGUGUCAAUGUCAUCAACCACUUCCCAGCAGAUGACAGAGCCAAGGAUAUAAAAGACCUGGACCUGUUCACAGAUGAUCUCCUUGUACAGCGCAGCCUGGGGGUUAUCUGGAACCUCGUGACUGACACUUUUACAGUCAAGGUCCCAGAGAAUCAGAAACCAUUCACCAGACGUGGUGUGCUGUCUACGGUAAAUAGCUUAUUCGACCCAUUGGGCUUCCUAGCACCCAUCACAAUAAGAGGAAGAAUGAUUCUCAGAGACAUUACUACAGACAAUAUUGAGUGGGAUGCUCCUCUGCCUCAAAGUAAAUAUGAAGAGUGGAGGCGCUGGCAAGAGUCCCUCUCAGUUUUGAAAAACCUUCAUAUUCCAAAAACCUACGUCACAUUUCCAGUGAGUCAAGCCAAGACAAUUGAGCUUUGUGUUUUUUCUGACGCGUCAGUACAGGCUAUCUCAGCUGUCGCAUAUUUGAGAAUCACCCAUGAUGAUGGUCAUCAUGAAGUGGGGUACAUCUUUGGCAAAUCAAAACUCGCCCCCCAGCCUGAGCUAACAGUCCCAAGAUUAGAGCUCUGUGCAGCUGUCCUAGCAGUAGAAGUUGCAGAAACUAUUAUGCAUGUGGUAGAUAUAAAACUGGAUGCUGUCAGGUACUUCUCAGAUAGCAAGGUAGUUUUAGGCUACAUUUACAAUGAGAGAAGAUUUUACGUUUUUGUCAGUAACAGAGUGCAGCGCAUCAGACAAGUGUCUCAGCCUAAUCAGUGGAGAUUUGUGCCCACAGAACUCAAUCCAGCAGAUUGUGGCUCGAGAUCAGUUGCAGCAGAAGAGCUGGUCAACACCCUCUGGUUGACUGGACCAAGAUUCCUCACAGACAUGGACUCGACAAAGAUUGUUUCAGACGAACAAUACUUACCUAUCAAUCCAGAUAAUGACACAGAGGUCAGGGUGAACGCCACCAAUGUGGUAACAGAGUCAUCAACUCACAAACUAUUUUCAAGUCGCUUUGAACAUUUUUCCAGCUGGAAAUCUCUCCUGAAAGCCGUUGCCAGACUCAUUCACAUUGCUCAAAGCUUCUCAAACAAAAACAGUAACAGCUGUCGAGUUUGGCAUUACUGCCACAACAUUUCAUCUUCAGAAAUGGAUAAAGCUGAGUUACUGAUCAUUCACACAGCGCAACAACAGUGCUUCUCACAGGAAAUAUCUGCAGUCAAGAAAGACCAAAGACUACCAAAGAACAGCCCUAUUCUCAGACUCAAUCCAUUCAUCGACAAUGAUGGGCUCCUGAGAGUUGGAGGACGUUUGCAACAUUCUAUGUUACAAAGAAAUUAGUCAAAUCCGGUCAUAAUACCCAACAAACACCGCAUUGCAACUCUGUUAGUGCGUCAUCAUCACGAGAGAGUGAAACACCAGGGAAGGCAUCUAACAGAAGGAGCCUUUCGCACCAGUGGACAGUGGUUGGUUGGUGGUAAGCGGCUCAUAAGCACCAUCAUUCACAAGUGUGUGUUUUGCAGAAAGCUACGUGGACUGUCAGAACAACAGCUCAUGUCUGACCUACCUGAAGAAAGGCUCAAAGUGGACCCACCAUUCUCAUAUGUGGGCCUGGAUGUCUUUGGCCCGUGGGAGAUUGUGACAAAACGUACAAGAGGAGGCCAAGUAAAGUGUUGUUCACAGGCAUGUCUACCAGGGCCAUUCACAUUGAGAUUGUGGAAACAAUGACUGCCUCAAGCUUCAUCAAUGCUCUCCGGAGAUUCUUCUCACUCCGCGGACCUCCCAAGCAACUCAGGUCUGACAGAGGGACCAACUUUAUUGGCGCCUGUAAUGAGCUGAAACUAUCACCGCAGGAUGCUAAUAACACAAUCAAAGACUAUCUAACAGAACAGAGGUGUACCUGGGAAUUCAACCCACCCCAUGCGUCCACAUGGGUGGGACUUGGGAAAGAAUGAUUGGGGUUUCUCGCCACAUUCUAGAUGCUUUACUCCUAGAUGUGAAGCAACCUCAGCUCACCCAUGAAGUCUUGGUGACCUUCAUGGCAGAGGUCACAGCUAUUGUUAAUGCCAGACCCCUUGUGCCGAUUUCCACAGACCCUGAAGCUCCACUGGUCUUAACUCCAGCUAUGCUUCUUACUCAGAAAACAGGAGCUCCUCCUCCAGUUCCAGACAACCUGACAGAGAAGAACGUCUUCAAGAGUCAAUGGAAGAGAGUUCAAAUACUGGCCGACAACUUUUGGACAAGAUGGCGGAAAGAAUAUCUCUGCACCCUUCAAGGUCGUCAAAGGUGGCUCGUAAAGAAAACGAAUCUCAAGGAAGGAGAUGUUGUCCUCCUGAAGGACUCCACUGCAAAGCGUAACGAGUGGCCCAUGGGACUUGUUGAGACGACGUACGCCAGCAAGGACUGGCUUGUGAGAAAAGUGGAUGUAAAAGUUGCAAGACAUCAGGGUGUAAAGUCAUUCAGCCGACCAAUCUCAGAAUUGAUUCUUCUAUUGACACCUAGUAAUGUGGACGCUUGAUUUAGUGGCAUCUCUUACAGACGCCAGGCGGGGAGUGUAGUGAAACCUGUUAAUUUUAAUGUCAUUCAAUGUUAAGUUAAUCUACUGAGGCUAUCUAGUGGCAAAUGUUAUAAUUUUGUCUAUUACUGGCUUACUGACGCCAUCUUGCGGCGUCAGUAAGCUAGUACUACAACUUGUUUACCAGAAAGGAAGAAAGCCGUUGGUCCAUGUACUCCGAAAGAAGCCCUCUUUGUUGUGUUUUCUUUAAUCUAAAUGCAGAAACGCCAUCGUCUGUAAGUACUGUUCUAAUUUGCUUGUYAUAUAAAUCAUAAUUUGUAACCCGUUAUGUUUUAUGUGACAAUAGAUAUUUUUACUUGUGCUAGCCUGACGCGUUAGCCUAGCUGGCAUUCAUUUUCUGUACCUUUGUGUGUGUACAGUUUUACACAAUUCUCAGUAAACCCUGCUAAAGAACCAAAUGGAGUGCUUCUUGGUGGACGAAUGGGAAAGUGUUUAGCUACCUGUAUAGCUGAGUUACUGUUAAAAGUCUCAGUGCUUAGCGAGGCCAGGACAGUAAAAAGACGUUCCAUGCAGACACAAUCAGACACAAUCAAAACAGUGUGUGUGCAAGGAUAAGUGUGUUAGACUUGUCUUAACACAUUUAAGUGGAUGAAUGAAUAUUUGUUAAAAGUGUCUGACAAUAAAAUAUGAAACAGAGAAUCUCUGAAAAUUCCUCUGUCUUUGCUUUUGUCCAGAAACAACCAAUUAGAACCAAAAGUUUGCCCUUCGGUUCUGAUUGGUUUCUAAUGUGUUGAACGAUUCAAUACAUUAGAAACCAAUCAGAACCAAAAGUUUGUCCUUUGGUUCUGAUCGGUUUCUAAUGCGUUGAAUGGGUCUCAGCACAUUCAACGCAUUAGUCUACUGGUAUGCUGCAGCUAUGCAAUUGCCAGAAAAACAACCUAACAUUAUAUAAUWGUUAUUUAUAGAAUGAUUUAGAAAACAAAAUUCUAUACACGUUUGUCAAAACUAUUUCGACCCAUAUUAGAACUUUGCAUUCAUUUCCCUUCAUUUUAGUAGCUGUGAACCUAACCCCUACAUUUUUCCUAACCCCACCCAAUACUAGUCUAUUCCUAACCCUAACAUUAACUAAAAUUUAAGUUUGGUUAAUGUUAGGGUUAAACGUUAUCCCUGAACCAAAGGGAUGAAUCCAUCAUAUUAGGACUGGGCCUUGGUCCUAAUAUGAUGGAACUAAUAUGACACUGUACAUAUAAUGGUUCGUUCACACCAGACGCGUUUUGACCAUCAGGCGCAUCUGGUUUACUUUCAAAGUCUAUGUGGAGGCGCGUCGAGGGCCUUUGCGGCACGUUUCAAGCAUCUAGUUCACAUAGACUUUGAUUGUAAACUAGACUCGCCUGAUGCUCAAAACGUGUUUGUCUGAAUGCACCAUUAGAAUGUUCAGUUCCUAUGGUAACAAUGACAUCAGCAGUGAAGUGAUGACAUCAAAGGAGUUUGUCUCAAAUGUAGCACACAGUUUUUCAGACCUGAUCCUGUUUCAAAAUUAUAAGUUAUGAAACUUCUCCAGGAGCUGUUAAAAUUAUUUGAAGGCACAGAAUCAGCCCAGUACAGGUUCACAUUCUCAGGUGAGAGAAAGUAUAAAGUUAAUUUUUCAUAUUUUUCGUUCGUUAACUACUUUUUCUAUCUUCAACUAAUUGUGCUAAUUCUUAUAUCAAAACGUUCUGCUUCUUCUGGAGAUUUCUGCUACGACUUUUGGUAAACUUCACUAUUGCACUUUUUGAAAUAAUUGCCCUUUUGUGCAAAUUUUUUGCCCCAUUGAAAUACAUGGUGGAAUUCUGUAACUGUAGUCAGUUGCUUGAGUGCACACUCUAAUAACUGCUGUUUAUGAACUUUUAAUGCUUUUUGACAAACAAAAUGAUGCUGUUCCUACAUACUUCACUGUAGAGAAAAAAAUUAUGCAUUAAAACGUAGCAACAUGUGUCUACUUUAUGGAACUAUUACUAUCAUUGCUACAGGUCUUACUGUUUUCUGUCAAACUCUACUGGAGCACAGUUAUGUCACACCUCCUUUCUUUCAAUGUGUUUUCUCUUGUGUUCUGUUUCUAUCUGUGUGUUUGCAUUCUGCUUGUCUACCUUUCUGUAUAUGCCUUCUGCUUCUACUGGUUUUACUGUCUACAAAGGUCGUUUGUAAACUUUAAUCAAUUUUACCAAUUCAUAUAUCAAAAUAUUCUGAUUUUUGUAUUAUUUUUUGCUUUUUGCUAUAAUUUCUUUUCAACUCUUUCAGGUUUGUACUAAUUUCUGCUCUUCUAAUUUAUGCUUUUUGCAGUUUUCCUUAGCUUUUUCAAAUAUUUCAGGAUUUACACUUAUCUUAGCUUUUGCUAAUCUAUACUAUAUCUUUUGUUGUAUGUUGUUGUUGCACUUUUUCAAAUAUUCUGUUGAGUUAUGCUAUAUAUCUUUUGAUGUUACUAUUGUACUUUUUAAAAUAUUUAAGGUUUUAUACAAACUUUAAA